AUGCUUUAUGAGCCCGAGGAAGCUUACGAUGUCGGCUUGACACUCCCUUUCAAUGAGGAGGUCUACGAUACUGCCUGCGCCAUUCCGCUUCCAGAGAGCGACAACAAGGAAGACCUAUUCUUCCUAGAGGGCAAAACUGCGAUGGAGGAAUUUGAAGAGGACGAGGGCGUCUUCACUGCUGCGCCGCUUGCAGUACCUCACGGCGUGGCCGUUACCGAAGAGGCUGUCGGUUUUGGCGUGGCUGAUGUGGUGACACAGGUCUAG